AUGUGGUCCGACAAGACCCAAUCGGUGGCCUACACCUCCCCCGACGAUGCAGUCUCAGCCAGAGGAGGAACCAGCCAGGACAAGAGGGACAUGUGGCGCGUGGGUCGAGACCAGGAGUUGAAUCGCAACUUUCGCUUCCUCUCGGUCUUGGGAUUCAGCGCGGUGUUGAUGUGUACCUGGGAGGCCGUUCUCUUUGGCUCUUCUUACGGACUAACUAACGGGGGUAAAGGAGGCAUGAUAUACACCUAUCUAGGGGGGCUCGCUGGAUUCAGCUUCGUCAUCCUGUCCAUGGCGGAGAUGGCCUCCAUGGCUCCAACCUCUGGCGGCCAGUACCACUGGGUUUCGGAAUUCGCACCCCCCAGUUGUCAAUGUAUAUUGAGCUAUCUCACCGGCUGGGUCUGCGUCUUGGGCUGGCACACGGGCAUCGCGGGAUGCUCCUACACCGUGGCCAACAUGAUGGUCGGGGUGAUUGCGAUCAAUUACCCAGAUUCAUACGUCUACCAGCCGUGGCAUGUUACUUUGCUUGUCAUUGUCGUGGCGCUGGUGGCCCUGCUGUUCAACACUCUGCUAGCGCAGAAGUUACCUCUUAUCGAGGGGAUUAUCCUCAUUGUUCACUGUUUUGGAUUCUUCGGUAUUUUGAUUCCACUCUGGGUGCUGUCGCCAACUACCCCGGCAUCCGAUGUGUUUGGGUCCAUUGAGGAUCGUGGUGGAUGGGACAACAAUGGUCUGUCCUGUCUGGUAGGUCUAGUUGGGCCCAUCUAUGCCUUGAUCGGUCCUGACUCGGCCGUCCACAUGUCCGAGGAAAUCCGCGACGCCUCGCGCGUCCUUCCCCUGGGAAUGAUCUGGACGCUGAUUCUCAACGGGUCAACCGGUUUCAUCAUGAUUGUCACCUUUGCCUUCUGCAUCGGGGAUAUCGACAAGGUGAUGGAGUCGCAGACCGGAUUCGCGUUCAUCCAGGUCUUCUUGGACUCGACCGGAUCCGUCCGAGCCGCCACUGGCAUGACCGCUGUGAUAAUGAUCAUGCAGUUUUGUGCGGCUAUCAGCAACGUCGCCACAACGUCAAGACAGGUUUAUGCGUUUGCUCGUGACAAGGGGCUUCCUUUUUCUUCUUUCUUCGCAACGAUUAAUCCGACGUUCACUGUCCCUUUCAAUGCCCUCUGCGUUAGUCUGCUUAUCGUGUCCCUCCUCGCGCUGAUCAAUAUCGGCUCUUCGGUAGCUUUCAACGCUAUCAUGUCGUUGGGAACGGCAGCAUUACUCUCCUCCUAUAUCAUCUCCAUUUCCUGCGUGCGAAUUCGUCGGUGGCGCGGACAGCCGCUUCCACCUACUCGUUGGAGUAUGGGCAAGUUUUCACCCUUCGUCGAUACAGUGUCUAUUCUCGUUCUAGCCGUCGUAUGGACAUUCAGUUUCUUUCCCUUGACGCGGGAGGUGGAUGUCCAAUCUAUGAACUGGAGCAUUGCCAUCUACGGGGGCGUGACAAUCGUGUCAUUGGGAUAUUACUUCACUUAUGCCAGGAAAGUGUAUAAGGGGCCGGUGACGAGGUUGUGCGUGGCCUUUGGAUCAGAAACUGUGGCCUUUCCGCGCUUUAAAAUUAAAUACGAUGAUUCUACAGAGAAAUCUCUGCAACGGAUCAAACAAAAUUUCAUUCAAUUUACCUCGCAGCUCCAACCACCGGACUAUGAACACUGGCUUAAGAAUGUCACGUUGAGGUUAAUUGAAGGCUUUCUUCGCUGGUAUCUUGAGAACCAUAAAGUUGAAGCACAGUCAGGAUUCCUAGUCUUCGCGCGAUACUGGAGAAUGGUUUGGUGUCGGGAUACGGACAGCCUGUUUCCUUAUCAGCUAAGGCGUCAGAUGACAUAUCUUGUAUGCACCACACUUACAGACGAGUACGAGCUUGACCUGGAAGGAAGGACACAGCCACCGGUUAAUAUUGAUGACCUCCUCUACAGUACCUAUCAUCUUAUGGCUGUGAGCAAGGUGUAUUUUCCCACUGUACGAUGUCGGCACCAGCAUAGUACCCUGAGAAAGAUGAUGACCUCGACAUCUGCACGCCCUGGAACGCUAGUCGAGUCUGCUGGGUACAUGAGAAGCAAUGACGCGCUGAAAUGGAAGGAUAUUGAGCUCUAUAUGGUAAAACACCCAGAAGAUCCGACUUGUCGGACUCUUCUUAUGAGAGCCACGCACAGAUUAAACAAGGGCAAGAGAAACAAGGGUGUCCCGCCAGUAUAUACAUAUACCGAGCGGAAUGAUAACCUCGGGCUUUGCGUUAUCCAGGACAUUCUGGAAUAUGCCUUUCUUGAUAAUGCUUUUGCCAGUGAGCGUAUUAAAGAACCGCGAGAUAUCUGGCUCUAUACCGAUGUCCCAGCUCAUCGACUCAGCACCCCUAUCCACUUUAAGAAGAGCGUGCAAGAUAUUCCAAUAUUCCGACGCGCUGUGCGAGAUUCUGAGGGCAAAUGGACCACCCAUCCCACACUACCCUACCAGUACGAUCGGGCGCGGGAAUAUGAGGUCUCUACCAGCAGGUCGGCAGGUUUUAAGACGCUUGGUUCUUUGUAUAAAUAUCGGAAAGGAGCCGCGUCCAAUUUGAGACAUCUCGAUGAGCACUCCCGAAAUAUUAUCAUGGGCCACAAGAGAAGCGCUACCUUUGCCUAUUACGUCCAGGUUCAGGAUGAUACACAAUCGGCCUUCAUGGAAACUCCUGCGCGAGAAUCUUUACUUAAGCUCGCUACCAAUGCGGGCUUGACUCGGGACGCAUCCGUACCACAAGAAUUGAGUGACCAGCGUAAGCAAGAGCUUGAGAAGGACUUAGAUCUCAUCAAACUAAAGCGCAAGCGCGACAUGAUUCGGGCCGAGGUGAUUGCAUUAUACCAUCAGUUGCACAAGGGUCGAGGCACGGAAUUGCAUACGGAAUUUAAAAAGGCUCAGAACAAAGUCAUAUCGGCAAGGAAAAAACUGCAUAAAGCUGCCAAGGAGGAGCAACACCAGGAUUUUUUCGAGAAUGUCGGGAAUCACAUUAUUGAAGGAAAUUAUCAGGCCAAGCCAGUUACUUUUGAACCUGACACGUCUCAAGUGGUGCCGGAGAGAAAAGCCCUUGCGGAUCUCGAGUUUAAAAACCGAGAUGUGGACAAAGUCAAUGAUGCAGAACUUGUUGAGGACCGUAUCCGUUCCCUUGAGAUGCGCCUGGCCCUUCAUCGCCUCGAAGUACCGAGGGCAUUGCAGAAGCGAAUCCGUUUCGACGAACCUCUAUCUAAGUCCUCUCAAGAUACUAUUCCCUUGAAGAGUGAAAGUGGACUUGAAUGCCCAGUCUGUCUUGGUCGCUCUGAUAUCCAUCCCAAGGCAAAAAAGUAUACAUAUGCUCGCAAAGAUACGCUACAAAGACACUUUAAAACGCAUCAGCUGCGGCAAAAAUUCCCGAACGGUCGCAUAUGCGAUUACCCUGGCUGUGAGGUCGUUUUGUAUUCGCUUCCGACAUAUAAGUUUCACCAGAAUAAAGUGCAUAAUAUUUGGCUAUGA